AUGGAUUUGGGGUUGGGUUUUGGAAGGGAAGAAAUGAGAGAAAGGAAAGGUGGGGUUAGUGAGAGUGAGAAGAGGAGUAGUAGUGUGUUUUUGUUGGAUUGGAAGAUGAUUAUUAUUAUUAGUAUGUGGGAUAUGAAGCUUUCAACAUCAGGGUUGGGUGGUCAGCAAGCUGGUCAAGAAGGGGAGAAGAAAUGUUUGAAUUCAGAGUUGUGGCAUGCUUGCGCUGGACCACUGGUGUCCCUACCAACUGUGGGGAGCAGAGUGGUCUACUUCCCUCAGGGUCAUAGUGAGCAGGUAGCUGCAACUACUAACAAAGAAGUUGAUGCACACAUUCCAAAUUACCCCAGCUUGCCGCCCCAGUUGAUAUGCCAGCUCCACAAUGUCACUAUGCAUGCAGAUGUUGAAACGGAUGAAGUUUAUGCCCAGAUGACGUUACAGCCAUUGACGCCGCAAGAGCAAAAGGAGACUUUUCUUCCCAUGGACUUGGGAAUGCCAAGCAAGCAGCCCACUAAUUAUUUUUGCAAGACAUUGACUGCAAGUGAUACUAGUACUCAUGGAGGCUUCUCUGUUCCCCGUCGUGCUGCUGAGAAAGUCUUUCCUCCACUGGAUUUCACCCAGCAGCCUCCAGCACAGGAACUUAUCGCUAGGGAUCUCCAUGAUGUUGAAUGGAAGUUUAGGCAUAUUUUCCGAGGACAGCCCAAACGGCAUCUACUCACAACAGGUUGGAGUGUGUUUGUAAGUGCCAAAAGACUUGUUGCUGGAGAUUCUGUCCUUUUUAUCUGGAAUGAGAAGAACCAACUUCUUUUGGGAAUUCGCCGUGCCACUCGACCACAAACUGUAAUGCCAUCGUCUGUGUUAUCUAGUGACAGCAUGCACAUUGGACUCCUUGCUGCUGCAGCUCAUGCUGCUGCAACUAAUAGCUGUUUUACAGUGUUCUACAACCCAAGGGCUAGUCCAUCCGAGUUUGUUAUACCUCUUUCCAAAUAUGUUAAAGCAGUAUUUCACACUCGUGUUUCAGUUGGAAUGCGCUUCCGGAUGCUUUUUGAGACUGAAGAGUCAAGUGUCCGUAGGUACAUGGGUACGAUAACUGGCAUAAGUGAUCUAGAUCCUGUUCGCUGGCCUAAUUCGCAUUGGCGAUCUGUCAAGGUUGGCUGGGAUGAGUCAACAGCAGGUGAGAGGCAGCCAAGGGUGUCGUUAUGGGAGAUUGAGCCAUUAACAACUUUUCCCAUGUAUCCAUCACUAUUUCCCCUCCGACUGAAACGGCCUUGGCAUCCUGGGUCCUCGUCUUUGCUUGAUAGCAGAGAUGAAGCAAGUAAUGGCUUAAUGUGGCUAAGGGGUGGAAGUGCAGAACAAGGUCUUCCAUCUCUGAAUUUUCAAGCUAAUAUGCUCCCCUGGAUGCAGCAGAGGCUAGAUCCAACGAUGCUGGGAAAUGAUCAGAAUCAGCGGUACCAGGCCAUGUUGGCGGCUGGUAUGCAAAACCUGGGAAGUAGAGAUCCCAUGAGGCAGCAAUUUAUGCAGCUUCAGCAGCCUUUUCAAUACCUCCAACAGUCGAGCAGCCAUAAUCCACUGUUGCAGCUGCAGCAGCAGCAGCAAGCAAUGCAACAAUCCAUCCCUCAUAAUAUCCUGCAAGCUCAAAACCAAAUUUCAACAGACAGCUUGCCUCGUCACCUCUUACAGCAGCAACUCAACAACCAGCCAGAUGAUCAGGCUUCGCAACACCAACAUUCCUAUCAUGAUGGACUUCAGAUUCAAACUGACCAACUCCAGAGGCAGCAGUCAAAUUUGCCUUCUCCAUCAUUUUCAAAAACAGAAUACAUGGACUCGAGCUCAAAGUUCUCAUCAACCACUACCCCAAUGCAAAACAUGCUUGGUUCUCUGUGUACUGAAGGGAGUGGCAACCUUUUGGACUUCACCAGAGCUGGUCAGUCUACGCUAACCGAACAGUUACCCCAACAGUCCUGGGUCCCAAAGUAUGCACAUCAAGAUGUCCAUGCUUUUGCUAAUUCAUUGUCACUCCCACGACCGUACCCUGAGAAAGAUCCCCCAAUGGAAGCAGAGAAUUGUUCUGAUGCCCAGAAUCCUACUCUUUUUGGUGUGAAUAUUGAUUCAUCUGGACUCCUACUACCUACAACAGUGCCCAGAUAUUCUAGUUCAUCAAUUGAUGCUGAUGUCUCUUCAAUGCCAUUAGGGGAUUCUGGGUUUCAGAAUUCUCUGUAUGGUUGUGUGCAAGACUCUUCUGAGUUAUUGUCGAAUGCAGGACAAAUGGACCCACCAACCCCUAGUCGAACAUUCGUCAAGGUCUAUAAAUCAGGAUCGGUUGGGCGCUCAUUGGACAUCUCCCAGUUCAGCAGUUAUCAUGAGCUGCGAGAAAAACUGGCUCAGAUGUUCGGAAUUGAGGGGAAAUUGGAAAACCCUCAUAGAUCAGGCUGGCAGCUUGUAUUUGUCGACAGGGAGAAUGAUGUGCUUCUCCUUGGAGAUGAUCCUUGGGAGUUAUUUGUGAACAAUGUUUGGUAUAUCAAGAUACUUUCUCCGGAGGAUGUAUUAAAAAUGGGAGAGCCAGGUAUAGAACCCUCAGGCCAAAAUGCAGUGCAAAGGAUGAGUGGCGGUGUGGCUUAA